AUGAGGUCAAUCCAAGGUUCAAAGAAAGAGAAGAUGGCGGCGGUCGCGGCGCUGCGGGAGGCGAAGAUCGCGACGGCGUACGAGCCGUUCCCGUGGGAGAUGAAGAUGAGGGAGCUGCUGCCGGUGCCUGAUAAGAGCCGCUUCCUGUCGCUGCUGCUGCUCCCCAUGGCCACGGACGGCACCCACACCCGCUACAACUCCCUCGACGAGACCCUGGCCCGCGCCGACGCCUGGCUCGCCUCCUGCCGCUGCUCCGGCGUCCCUGUCCGCCUCGUCAGGUUUCAGACGGAGGCGCUGCUCACCAAGAUCUCCGGCGAGACGGCCGUCCCCACGGUGAAUAUGCUCUCCGACCUGGCCAACCUGUCCAACGUCAGCCUCUACGGGUUCGAGGACUACCACGGCGUGGACAUCGGCAUGGUGCGCGCGGUGCGUCUGUGGUACGCGCCGUCAGGCGCCGCCGGCGAGACCGCCCUGGAGAUGGCGCUGCGGCAAGGGGAUACCAGGCUCGGCUUCUCCAUCAACCGCACCAAGGAAGGGUUCAUCUACGUGUCGUCGGUGGCGGACGAGAGCACGCCGGGCGUGGCAUCAACGCGCUCUGGCCUGCUCGAGAUGCACCGGGCGGCGCGCCGGGCGGGGAAGCUUCUCGUGCUGUCCCGCGUCGGCGGGGAGAGCGUGCUGCCCUGGCUGGUCUCCACCGCCGGCGACGUCAGGUGCUACGACACCGUCUCGCUCAACCAGAAGCUGUCAUUGUACCGCCACGCGCUGCGGCCAGUCACGCUCCACUUCCUCGCCUGGGACGACGGCGUCCUCCCACCGCUGCCGCCACCGCCACCGCGGUCGCCCGUGAUCGUGCUGUCAACCCCGUCCGAAAGCGACAUCGAGGAGCUCGACGGUGACGACGACGGCGACGGCCCUGGACCCGGGAUCGAGGGCGGCAAAGGGUUCCAGAAUAUCAGACUCCCGGAUAGCUGGCGGUGA